AUGGAACAGCAGAAUUUCAACACCACAGUGACAGAAUUUGUUCUCGUAGGCUUCACUCAGAAUCGUAAGCUACAGUCUUUUCUCUUUGUGGUCUUCUUCAUAGUCUACAUGACAACCUGGGUGGGAAACUUCACCAUCAUUGUUGCCGUGAUUACCGACCACCAGCUGCACACUCCGAUGUACUUUCUGCUGGCCAACUUGGCUUUCCUAGAUGUCAGCGACUCUUCAGUCAAUGCCCCCAAACUGCUGUCAGGUCUCCUCUCUCAGUGCAAUAUCAUCUCGUUCAAUGAGUGCCUCCUCCAGAUAUUCUUCUUCCAUUUCAUCGGUGCUGCAAUGACUUUUUGUCUUGUGGUGAUGGCAGUCGAUCGAUACGUGGCCAUCUAUAAACCACUGCAAUACUUGACUAUCAUGAACCGAGGUGUAUGUGUGGGGUUGGUGGCACUGGCAUGGCUGGGUGGGUUUGCUCACUCUAUUGUACAGAUUGAACUGAUCCUCCAGUUACCGUUCUGUGGGCCUAAUGUCCUAGACAAUUUCUACUGUGAUGUCCCACAAAUCAUCAAACUGGCCUGCACUGACACCUACUUGAUUGAACUAUUGAUGGUCUUCAACGGUGGGCUGCUUCUCAUAAUAGUCUUCAUCUUUCUACUCACUUCAUACACCGUCAUCUUAGUUGAGAUAAGGACACAUGUCACGGAGGGGAAGCACAAGGCUAUGGUCACCUGUGGAACGCAGAUGACAGUUGUGAGCUUAAUAUUCAUUCCUGGCAUCUUCAUCUAUGCUCGACCCUUCAGGAAAUUCCCCAUGGACAAGUUGGUCUCAGUCUUGUACACUCUAAUCACCCCAAUGCUGAAUCCAAUGAUCUACACGCUGAGAAAUGCCGAGAUGAAAAAGGCCAUCAGGAGACUGAUGAGGAGAAUGCUGUUACCAGGGAAGAAAAUAGAGGCAUGAUUUAUAUUUUUGAAUGAUGAUUUCUAUUAGAAACCUGAUUUCAAUAUGUCAGACAGAGCAUAUAUAUAUGCUCAAUCAUGAAAAAUUGUGUUCAGAAAUAAAUCACAGACCAAGGGUCAGAAUCCUUAAUGAAGUCUAUGGGACCGGUUGGUGUAAAUCAGUAGAACUCCAUUGGAAACAAUAGACCAGGACCUCAGUUUGUGUAAAUUGAACUAGCUGCAAUGGGCUUAGAGAUCCAGAUCACUAGCCAGUGUAAAUGUCCAUAGACCCAUUGUAGUCAAUGAGCCAGAUCCCCGGGUGGUAUAAAUCAGCAUAUCUCCAUAGGAGUUGUGGGCCAGAUCCCUAGCUAAUGCAAUUUGAUGUCACUCCCUGAACAUCUUGCAGCAGCUAAGGAUCUGAGCCUGACAAUUUUUGCUAAAAAUGUUCUAUUAAUAAUUUCAAAGAUGGAAAAAAUCAGGGAAAUCGAAGUCUUAUCAGGAAGAAAAAACCCUUUCAAAUGAAGAAUAGUUUAUAUAGCAUAAGUAAUUUUCUAAAUGCCACGAUGUUAUUACUGAAUGUUCCAGAUUAGCAAUAUGGAUAUUAUAUUAUACAUUAUACAUUUCUCCCUCAUACACAGAUGCUGUAUCUUUGUGUUUCUCAUGUGACUGGUAAACAGUGUGAUUUAAUA